UUUACCCCUUUCUUCAUCACCGUCGUUACCAAACUCGAUCCUCUGUUUUUGCCUCCUCUGUUUCACACACAGAAAGAGGGAGAACAAGAAAGACAGCCAUGGAAAUUCCAAGUUUUCUUCCCAUAAUAACCUUCACCCUUCUUCUCCAAAUGUGCUCCAUUUCAUCUUCUCCAGUAGCCGACCCUGAACUAGUCGUCCAAGAAGUUCUCUCGAGCAUCAACAAUGCAACAACAAGAAGGAAUUUGGGGUUCCUUUCCUGUGGAACUGGAAACCCAAUAGACGACUGUUGGCGGUGCGACCCCAAUUGGGAGAAGAAUCGAAAGCGUCUAGCCGACUGCGGCAUUGGGUUCGGGAAGCGAGCCAUCGGCGGCAAAAACGGCAAAUUCUACGUAGUCACCGACCCAUCCGACAAGGACGUGGUGAACCCAAAACCAGGCACUCUUCGCCACGCCGUAAUCCAAAAGGAACCCUUAUGGAUCACCUUUAAACGCGACAUGGUCAUCAAAUUAAAAGCAGAGCUGCUGAUGAACUCUUUCAAAACCAUCGACGGUCGGGGUGUGUCGGUCCACAUAGCCGGCGGGCCUUGCAUUACAAUUCAGUAUGUGACCAACAUUAUCAUCCACGGCAUCAACAUUCACGACUGCAAGCAAGGAGGGAACACGUACGUUAGAGAUUCGCCGGAGCAUUAUGGUUGGAGGACUCUGUCCGACGGCGAUGGGGUUUCGAUAUUUGGAGGCAGCCAUGUUUGGAUCGACCAUUGCUCUUUGUCGAAUUGUCGUGAUGGGCUGAUUGAUGCGAUUCAUGGGUCUACGGCCAUCACUGUUUCCAACAAUUACAUGACCCACCAUAACAAAGUAAUGCUUUUAGGACACAGUGAUUCGUAUACUCAAGACAAGAACAUGCAAGUCACCAUUGCUUUCAACCAUUUUGGUGAGGGCCUUGUCCAGAGAAUGCCACGAUGCCGGCAUGGGUACUUUCAUGUGGUGAAUAAUGACUACACUCAUUGGAUAAUGUACGCCAUUGGUGGAAGUGCUUCCCCUACCAUCAAUAGCCAAGGGAACAGAUACCUUGCUCCCAAUAACCGAGAUAGGAAAGAGGUCACAAAGCGGGAGGAUGCACCACAAAGCAAAUGGAAGAAUUGGAAUUGGAGGUCAAGUGGAGAUUUGAUGUUGAAUGGAGCAUUCUUCACGAGAUCGGGUGCUGGAUCGUCGUCUAGCUACGCGAGGGCGUCGAGCUUGAGUGCGAAGUCGUCGUCGUUGGUGAGUACGAUGACUGCAGGAGCAGGGGUGCUGCGGUGCCGAAAGGGGUCCCGGUGUUAGUCCAGCCACCCUGGGCAGUAUAUUGAAGAUAAAUUAGCAAGGAGAGAUUUGGAGAUCUUCUUGUAUAGUAAUUUUUACUUUUGCUUGCUUGAUUGGUCACAACUGAAAAGCUUCCUUUCUUUUUUUCUUUAAAAAAAAAAAAAAGAAAAAAGAAAAAAGAAAGGGUUAAAUUUCAGAGUGAGUGGCCCACCAUUUGCAAUUCUGUCCGAUUACAAUAUAAUAUAAAAUAUUACUAUUUGAAAAGAA